AUGUUUGAUUCCAAAAUUGGCCUUAUCAUCGCCCAGCGUACCCACUCCGAGAAGCCUUCUUCAGCUACGUCGCCGCCAUCUAGCCCGAUAGACACCAAGGACACCGAGUCCCACAAAUUUCCAUCGACUGAAAGGCUUCCGGAGCGACCACAUGCAGUUUCCGCAUUGAAAAUGCCCCAGGUCAUCUUCCCAGACAUAUUCAAAGCGGGUGGUAUUACGGGGUUGAGACAGCAUGACUAG